CGCGGAGCUACCCGCUUGCUGCUGCGACGGUGUGCUGCGCAGGCGCUCCAAUGGUUCUGCGGCUUCACGCUCGUCCACACACAGACUUGCGCGCACGAGCACUCAGGCACAAGCGCGCGCACGGGGGGUAGAGCGAACGCGCAGCCUCCCGCAUUCAGUCGGUCGCCCAUCUCCCCAAAAAACGGCAGCGAGUCAGUCGGCGCGGGCUUGAGCAAAGGUGCGUAGCGACGUGGAGGCCGCCGGCGUGGCAUGGACCACGGAGACGCCAACCUGUCCCGCUUGUCCCCGAACGUGUCCGAGACAGGAGCAGAUCAACACAUGGCUUACAGCAGCGUCUUCAUGCCAACGGUGUUUGGCAUCAUCUGUCUGCUGGGCAUCAUCGGGAACACAAUCGUCAUUGUCACCGUGUUUAAAAAGUCCAAGUUUCGCUGCAGAAGUAGUGUCCCGGACAUCUUCAUCGUCAACCUGUCGGUGGUGGACCUGCUCUUCCUAUUGGGGAUGCCCUUUCUCAUCCAUCAGCUGCUGGGCAAUGGAGUGUGGCACUUCGGAGAGACGAUGUGCACGAUCAUCACGGCACUGGACACCAACAGCCAGUUCACCAGUACCUACAUCCUGACGGCCAUGACGCUUGACAGGUACCUGGCCACCGUGUACCCGCUGACGUCCUCGCGCUUCAGGACCCCCACUGUGGCCGUGCUCAUCAUCUGCGUCCUAUGGCUCGUGUCCUUCUUGAGCAUUACCCCCGUAUGGAUGUAUGCCAGGCUCAUCCCCUUACCCGGGGGGGUACUGGGCUGCGGGAUCCGACUGCCUAACCCGGCCACGGAUAUUUACUGGUACACUCUUUAUCAGUUCUUCUUGGCCUUCGCUAUUCCUUUCACUGUCAUCUCAGUAGCUUACUGGAGGAUUCUGCUCCGCAUGACUUCUUCGGAGGCGCUCACCACGCAGAGAAGCGCCCGCAUCAAGACCAAAAAAGUGACCCGCAUCGCCAUCACCAUCUGCCUGGUGUUCUUCUUCUGCUGGGCUCCCUUCUAUGUGCUACAGCUAGCUCAACUGGCCAUCGACCAGCCAACCCUACCCUUCUAUUAUGCCUACAGGGUGGCCAUCAGUCUGGGCUACGCCAACAGCUGCCUAAACCCCUUCAUCUACAUCGUCCUGUGCGAAACGUUCAGGAGGAGGUUCAUCGUGUCCGUGAGACCCGCCGAGGAGGCGCAGAGUCCGGCACGGAGCCGAAGGAAUCCCAGCAGAGGAGAUGGAGAUCAUUCCUCCGGCCAGCAGAUUCUCCACCUUGUCUCGGUGACCGGGAGGUGACCCGUUCACUGUCACUGUGACUGUUUGCAUGAGUGUCACGGUGUUUUUAAAGCGCGCAGCACAUGCAGUCCACCCACCCCGUUCAUAAACGUGUGUGCAGGCGGCGGCGUCAUCGACUUCAAUCGCUCCGCUCAAAGGAUGUAGCAUGGAACAGUUUCAGUUAUCUUAGGACAUGGAUGAGAGGGCAAGCAACAAUCCGACGCCCACCCCGUUAGUUACGCCAAGUGAGGAAAAAAAAAGGGAAAGUCGUAAAUGGCAGGGAGGCGCCAUACUACACCGAACAGCGGAACGGUUUAAACGGGCAGUGCCACCUGUAGAACCAGAGCCCGGUGCAGACUAAUUUUGGAAAAGGAACAAAGGACGCGAGCGGCUUGGUGAGGGCGUAUGUGGUAAAGGUGGGCUUAGGGGAUUUAAGAGCGGCGUUUCCAAAUUUGGAUUGUAUCGGAGUCUUUAUGGGUGUAUCUGCAUUAUCGAAGAAAGGGGUGGGCAGUGGGGGCGUCCCCCUUAGGUUUCGAGCUCGUUAAAAACGUAUUGAACAUCUAAGGGCAGGAUUUGGGUACCGUGGGGGGAGGGAGUAUAAGAUAAAUGGUAUAAAAGAUUGGGGUCGUAAGCCUCUAAAGCCC